AUGGCGCACAAAGCUUUAAGGAAGCAAUUGGUUGAAGCAUUGGUAUUUUGGAAGCUUGAUCUUAACGACGUUGUAUUGUAUCCACUAUCUCAAUUUUGCUUGUUCGAUUACUGUUCGCCUGUCUGGGACAGUUGUGGGUUUGGGAGCAAAGCCUAUCUGGAUAAGCUAAAUAAACACACCGCAUGUAUUAUUGAAGGUAGAGGCAUAGGGGCCGAGGAGUUAAAAUCAACACUUGGCUGGUCCAGCGUAAAAGCACGCAGAAAAUAUCUCAAAUGCGUCUUAGUCCAUAAGUGUGUUCACGGAAUAGCGCCUUCGUACUUACUUUCAGAGUUUAGACACGCGCACCUUUUCCAUAACCUACAACACUAGAAGUCGUGAUUUGCUGCGCCCUCCCUUCGCAAACACUACUAAAUACCAAGGAAGUCUUCAGAAUAAACGGUGCUUGAACCUAUAACACCGUACGAGAAUGCCUGCGGUACACGUUGCCAUUGUGACUUAAUUAUUUUUCUAGUUUUAAUGUUUUAAUGUCCUUGUUUUUGUGUUGUGGGCUCCAUUUAAACUAUAAGCUCUGCAAAACUGGAUGCCCUGGAUGAAUAUUGAGUAAAAAAAAUCGCAAUAUCUUAAAGCAAAAUUGCAGCGAGUUCAAAGAUGCGCAGCAAGUUUCAAGAAGCGUUACGCAAGAAUACCUGACGUUAUG